AUGUGUCGUCCGCCGCGGCCAUUCGGGCUUGCGAGUUUUCGGGUCCUUGAAAGUUUGUCAGAUCAGGCCACUUGGUUUGAUUUUUUGGCCGCAGGUUCUGGUGACGUCGACGAGUUGUCCACUAAUGAGGUGGUUAUGAGUGCCUCUAAAUCCUCAUCAUUUCUAACGACAAACUGCUUCUUUCGCUCAACAGGUUCGGCCGCGACGCUGGAUCUCGGCUUCAACAUUCCUCCGCCAAUCAAAACCGUGACUGUCGAAGGGUCACGCCUCCUCAUACCCUGUGAGCCAAUCAGAGGCGAGAAGGGCUUGCCCAACGUCACCUGGACCAAUGAGGAGAGCCUAGUGAACGAGCCCCGCCGCCACGUCUUGACCAAUGGGACGCUUCUUAUCACAGAGGUGAGAGCCAGUGACGCGGGCCAAUACAGGUGUGUGCUGAGGCAGGGGACCCGCGCCGUGCUCUCCGCUCCCGCCGGACUCGUCCUCGCAGACACUGGGUCGUGGCAGAUGCUCCCUCGCAACAGCAGCGUGAGGCCGAACAGCGCCGUGAGACUGACCUGCCACCUGCCGUCCAUCCCGCCCGCCGCCCUCACGUGGCUCGUGGACGGGGAGACGCUCGAGAGAGGCCGCUCGAGGUGGGUCAAGGGUCAGGAUGUCCAAAUAUUUCCUUUUCUGUGUUUGAAGCAGACGAGUGGCAUUAAGAGCAUGACGGACAUUAAAGGCGCUGAUCUAUGGGAGCGUCGUGGCUGCAGCUUCACGUCUGCGAACUCGAGCUCCUUCACGCACCGGCGCUUAUUACCGCCCGUUACCCGUCCUUCAGGCGACCCCAACAAAGCAGGAAUAUAUUAG